CCGUUGUCCAGAUGUGGCGAGGUUCAUCUUAACCUAACCGAGUAUCUUUGAUUAAGGGCGAGGUCUCGCGAGAACUAAUGACGUCACGGGACAAUGGCUGGAGAUCGCGGAUAUUAGGAGCAGCAGAGGAAUCUACAGUUAAGUAGGAGGUGAAGCUGUGACUAAACUUCUCUGGAUCACUGAUUCACCACUGAGAUUUCUUCACCCAGCAGCAGAGAUGACUCAUGUCACCAAUCAUGGGAAGCUGCUCUUGCAGCGAUUAUAUCAGCAACGGGAGAUGGACUUCUUGUGUGACAUAACCAUAAUGGUAAAAGACGUGGAGUUCCGAGCUCACCGCAACAUCCUGGCUGCAUUUAGCAAGUACUUCUCGUCCCAGGCUGAAAAGGGUCAAGAUGUCACAACCCUGGACCCUGACAAGGUUAGCCGAUACGCUCUGGAGAAGCUGCUGGAGUUUAUCUACACAGGACACAUGAACCUCAGCAGCACCAGACAAGCGGCCGUACGUCGAGCAGCAGUGUUCCUGGGAAUGUCUGAGGCCACAAAGUACCUGGAGGACAUUACCCACUGGUCCGAGCCAAGCAAAACAUCCCAAUCCCAGUCAGAGACUGAGGGAGAGGCAGAUAAAGAAACUGGUCUCUCUCCACUUAGUCCGGUCUCUCCUGGCAGCCCCAGCUCUCCACUUCCUCUGUCUAUUGCCUCCAUUGCAGGGGAAUGGCAUGACCAGGGCAAUGGUGGCAAAGAGCAGGAGGAUGAGGUCAAAGAUGUAGGUGUAGAAGGUGGAGAUAAAAAUGAUGAAGAAUUUAUCCCUGCAGUGGCAAAGAAUGCUGGUCGAGGCCAGGGCAGGAAGAGAGGUAGACGGCCUAAGAGUUUCAGUGGUGAGCAGGCAGAGCCCAGCAGCUCCUUGGAAGAUUCUGACACCAGUGUGAAGGACUUUGGGGACACCUCUGCAGACUGGAGCCCAUCGCAGGAGGAUGAGCCUCUGAUCAAGAAAUCACGACUGAGCAGCGGAGAGGGACGGAGAAGGAGAGGUCGAGGGAGAGCAAGAGGACGACCCAGGAAGAUACCUGAGGAGGAGCAGAUAGAGGAGGAGCAGAUAGAGGAGAGCAGCUGGUUUGAAACUGAUUAUGAGGAGGGGUUUUUAGAGUUUGGGGAGCAGGAUCCAUCAGAAAUGAAUGAGCAGUCGCUGUCGUGCACUGAGUGCAACAAGUUUUUCAAAGAUGCGAGCAGCUUGCGCAGACACGAGAAAAUUCACAGGGGGCUGAAGCCGUUCAUCUGCAUCUUCUGUUCUAAAACCUUCAGACAAGCCACCCAGCUAAAAACACACCUGCGCAUACACACAGGAGAGAAGCCAUUUGGUUGCACUGACUGUGACAAGUGUUUUGCUCAGAAGUGCCAGCUGGUCGCUCACCGCCGAAUGCACCACGGAGAGGAGAAACCUUACACCUGUGACCGCUGUGGUUUCAAGUUCGCUACCUCAUCCAACUACAAAAUACACAUCAGACUACACAGUGGGGAAAAGCCAUAUGUCUGUGACAUCUGCGGUCAGGCGUUUGCUCAGUCCAGCACCCUGACGUAUCACAAGCGCCGACACACCGGAGAGAAGCCGUACCAAUGUGAUUUGUGCGGCAUGUCAUUCUCUGUCUCCUCCUCUCUCAUCGCUCACACAAGAAAACACACAGGAGAGACUCCGUACAAAUGUAAACAGCCAAACUGUGAUGCAAGUUUUGUGACGUCGUCCGAACUGAAGAAACACAUGCGACGACUUCACCCAGAGGGGAAUGCCGGCGUGCAGUGCCUGCUGUGUGGAAACAGGUUUGCCAGCGUGAAAAACAUGAUCAAACACCAGGAGAAGGCUCACGCUGAUGAAGUGCGGCAACACAAGGAGAGGGCCAGAGCUGUCGUCCUCCUGGCCUCCAGUCAUCCUGUGGCCUUCGUCCAGAGCAAACUCUCCCAGGAAAACAAAGGUUUGGUGUCUGUCCCCGAAGUAGAGCCAACCAACCCUGAACCGGACACCCCCAACCCCAAAGCCACUGCACCAUCCGCAGAGGUCGCUGCCACUGACGCUGAUACCACCACUAGCACCACCGCUGACACCAUCAUCCAGGGUUUCAAGCCGGAGCCCGUUCACAACGAUAUCACCACCACCAACCAGGUGACCUUCGAAGCCGACCAAGAGCAAACCAUCAACUCGGACACCCUCCAUGCCCUGGUGGAGCAGCUGCGGCCAGCGGCCUCCCCCACCCCAGGCCUGGAGCAGAUCGUCAUCAUCAGGACGGUGGACACCACUGAGAACAACCCUCCUCAGCAGUGAGACCUGAGCCACAGCAGGGUCGCGGUCACUGUGGUAGAACAUUUUCACUUUUUAACACACGAGCAACAGUCAGUCUCCAAGUCAGGGCUCGGAUUCAUCCCCGUAAAACAGAUGUCAGUAAUCUGCCAGUGAAGGUGGUUUGUUACAACCUAGGUCUUCAUAGUUUUGUCCAUCUUCUCUGUUAGUAAUAAAAAUAUUAUAGUGAUGAAUCAGUCAGAUCAACAACGACAGGCAACUGGAUUAUCAGACAGUAAAAUAACUCUGACAUCCUAAUCUUGAUCUGCUGCACUCGGUGUAGUUGUGUGCAUUGUUUUCCUGUUCAGUGAGAAAUGAUUACUUAUUUCAUCUGCACUCACUUUCAGCUUUGUUUCCAAACCAAAUAAAGUGGUUCAUAUAAUCUUACUGCUUCGUCAAACUUAAAGGAAGCGCUCUGUUGCCAGACCCCAGCCAUUACUUUACUUUACUUUACUAUAAUGUUACAGUUACUUGAGGACAUAACAGUGAAGACUAAAACAAUAAGACCUGAGCUGUAGAAAAACAACUAGAAUUAUUCUUUAACUGAGCUGUCUCCUUUUCCCUCCAGUCAGGAGGGAAAGUGAAACAGAAACCCAGCAGAAUGGAUUUAAAGUUGUUCACAAACAGGGAGCAGGAUGGAAAACCUGAAAUGGGUCUCACCUCUUUUCACCACAGGAACUUUAAGAUCCAGUUCCUGGUGUUUUCCUAAACCAGGAACCAUCAGGGUGGAGUUCCCUGUGCUGAGUGAAACACAAGGCAAGAACAGCUAGCAUCCAUUCAGACAAAGGGUGUAAAUAAACAGUAAAAGACAUAAAUAACACUAAUGGUUUUAGGGCAGCUAACAGUUAGUAUUAUCAUUGAUUAGUCAGUUGAUUAUUUUCUCAGUUAAAUGUUAAAGCUAUAAAAUAUCAGGCUGAUAUCUGACCAGCAGUCCAACAUUAAUAUUACUGCAUUCUAAAACUGAAAAGCUUCAUAUUUAAAAGUCUGAAAAUGGCAUUUCUUGGCGCUCUUGCUUAGGAAAUUAUUUUUGCUAUUGAUCAUUUAUCAGAAUAGUUAAUUUUGUGACGACCAAUCAACCAAAUCACUGCAGCUCUAGUUGAUUUUAUGCCAUUUUGACAUUGAAAAAACAGUCUCAAACUGUAAAGGUAACACUUUACAGGUGCAUUAUUUCCUAAUAAUUUGUGGAAGGUUUCUUGGAAAGAAGCAUAUAGUUUGGUAGCAAUGACAGGAAACAGCAAGUUUAGAUUGGAGUCAGCUGUGUUGAGUUUAUUAUUGGUUUGCAGACAAAUUUCCAAGAAGAAAGGCUCAUUUUAAUUCAGAGAAAAUAUUUAUUUUUCAAAACUUGUUGACACGUUUAAUAUUGUGCGUGUGUAGCUCAUGUUAGCUAAGCAUUUAGAAAUAACCGGAAUAAUUACAGUAAUUUACAUUGUAAUUAGUAGCAGAUUAUAUGGUUCUUACCAGGAAAUGAAUUGGGAUAUUAUUUCAAAAUAAAUAGGAAUUUACAGACCCAUAAAAUAAUGUUGGCAUUUAUAAAAUUGAAUUAAGAGUGCACUGAUCUCAUGAGCCUAAUAGGGUCAGGCGACUGAUCCACAGUUUAUUGUUGAUGUCAUGUUUCAUUCAUUCAAUGCGGAGCAUCAGUUCAGUUUACUACACAAUUUGUGGUGCGUAAAAUUGUAUUAUUUAUCAGUUAACGUGUGUUUUCACACCAGGAGCCUUGCUGUCAGUUUUUCUGUUUUAGCAGAAGACGGUAAUAAUAGGAAUCCGUUUCACAGAGAUGUUUUAGGCUUUCUGAACAAAGAGCAUCGUGUUGGCAGCAGAAGAGUGUGAUCGAUGCCUCCCUGAACAACACAGCUGUUUGGCUCCUGACUUUAAAGAGAAGAAGUGUUCAGAACAAUCUGAGCUAAAAGGUGGAAAUGUUCUACAAAACCUAAAUAUCAUUCCUGUUUAGAGCUAUGUGACAUUUUGUCAUUUAGCUUGAAUCGCUUGGAAUAACAGCUUUGCUAAUUGUGUAUCAUCAGUAACAUCAGGUAAAACCCUCAACAACGUGCCAACACCGAGGUCUGGCUGGAUUACUUUUAUACUUGGGGUAAUUAAUGUAGGAAGAGUUCAUGCUCGCAUAAAAGUAACUCUUGUGUUCAUAUAAUAGGAGCUUUAGUGUGUUGGCACCAUUAGAUAUGAUUUUAUCCUAACUGUUUCACCAGGUUUUUGACGUGAUGUUGGCUUUACUGAUGUAAAAACAUCCCUCUUAAUGCUUUUUUUAAAAGCAGCUGUUUCUGGUAUUAGCAGAACUGUUUGUGCAUCAACUUCAGUUCAAAACUGCAAUAUAUCGAGAGUUUCUAUUAAAGCUAGCAUUUGUUUCUCAUUUUCUUUUUUCAUUUCAUUGUUUGUCUUUCGGAUAAAAAAGGAUGCAUUGCCUGUAUAGAUGUUAAUUGCAUAUGUACAAGUCCACUUCUGUAUAAAACUGUACAACCACAGGAAAAUAAAAUUUAAGACA